AGUUAAAACUGUGAUUGCUAGCUACGAUCAAACAUCUGCAGUAGUGCAGCAAAUGCUUUAUUCAGCAGCAGCGGCUUCAAAACGAGGCUUUUUUUUCCGAUUGUUUUCUUUUCCUUUGAGACGAUCUAAGCUCUUUUGAGAACGCUAACACGAGAAGAAACAUACGAGAGCCUCCCACUUUGUGAAUUCAGAUGCUCGUUUUAUCGGAUAACGCACACUUGAGCAGUGUGAAACCUAACGAUGGUCUGAAGAUGUCCAUAAAGACUGCCAAAGCAUGGUGCAUCAGACUGGUUCCUGUUAUGCUGUUUUUUAUCUGCUACUACUUCUCCAAGUUUUAUCUUCAGAAUUUUAUAAGUUGUAGGUUACAUUGCAGUAAGACUCCUUCAUUCACCAAGUACCAGUGUAAUAAAAUAAUUGCACAGAAGAAGUGGGAGAGCCUCAACUUAAACAUUAACAGAAAUGCAAGACUCUUUCUGAAGCUGAAAGACUUUUUCUGGAAAAAGCAUUUGUCACUGCUGCCCCUGCCCUAUGGACUUAAAGGAAGUGAGUCAGUGCUUUUGAAGAUUUUGGCCAACUAUAGAGUUGCCAAUUACAGUAUGCCCACAAGCAUAGAGAGUCUAGACUGCAGGACUUGUGUAGUCAUAGGAAAUGGCUUUGCACUCAAAAACAGUUCCCUUGGGACAGCAAUUAACAGACAUGACAUAGUAAUCAGGAUGAACGAUGCUCCAGUGCGAGGCUAUGAACAAGAUGUGGGAAAUAAGACCACCAUGCGGCUGUUCUACCCAGAGUCUGCCUCCUUUAACCCAGACCUCCAAAAUGACCCAGACACCCUCCAGGUCCUAGUGCCCUUCAAACAGCUGGACCUGGACUGGCUGAGACAGAUCCUGUUCAACGAAAAGAGGAUGACGACGGGUUUCUGGAAGCCUCCGCCCCAGGUGUGGCUUGGCCGGAUCAGUCAGCUCCGGAUCCUUCACCCCUGCUUCCUCCACCUGACUGCAAGCAAACUGCUGCAGAUCCCCUUGGAACCAAAGAAUCAGCAGAAUCCUGUCCAUCCUAGUACAGGUAUACUGGCUAUAUUCUUGGCUCUAAACUAUUGCGAUGUGGUGAGCGUGGCUGGGUUUGGAUAUCCGGCAUCUCAAAACCAAAAACAUCUCAUCCACUAUUAUGGCAAUCAAGCUAUGAAGUCCAUGUCCAUUAAGGACUCUCAUCAUGAUCUCAGUAGAGAGGCACAAAUCCUCAAGAGACUGGAAGACAUGGAGGCCAUUCGGAACCUUCAUCAACAUUCCUGACACACACAUGCACAGUAUACUGUUUAUGACUGGUGAUUACUUUCAGACAUAAAAUGCCAAAUUCCAAACCUAUAAAUGUCUCUUAUUUUUGUCUCUCAUCUGUGACUGAUGCUGAAACUCUUUGCUACCCAGGACAUUAUGCAUCUCAUGUCAUUGUCCGCAAUUGUUAUCUGCUCUUUGGCAUUUUAAUUUUAGUUUUUAUUUAUUUUUCUAUGAGGCAUUUCUUUGAAAUGGUAUAAAAUGAUAUUCUAUGAAUUUAAA